AUGGAAAAUCCACGCAAGCCGCUCGCUGCGGGCCCCCGUGAAGACGAACGGGCCAGCACAGUCCUCAACAUGGGCAAGAGACGAAUAAUGAAUGCGUUCAGAAGCACCAAGGAGUCUCCGUAUUUCAAGAGCAUCACUACCGCAAUCCAGCAGAAUUUUAUCCACGACGAGGAAGAGGCCGCCAACUUGGCCGCACAAGUGCCUGACGACGCCCAGAUAUUGCUUUAUAGAACGUAUACCCGCUACAUGAACGGCGAGUACGUCACCGACGUUGCAGGGUCCAUUUUCUGUCCCGGAGUGAUGAAUAGGAAAAACAAGCUUAUGAUGUCGCUGGUGCACCGUUUGUCCAAAUCCAACGUCUCGUCCUCGACAGUCAACCAGAUAGAAACGGAAUUGGAGGACUCCCUGACACAUCCCGACACUAAAGGCCCUGACUCCGACACUGCCUCGACGGUGUCGUCUGGGUCGCAGUCUACAGACUCUUCCCCCUCCCACGACACGAUCCGCGAGCGCAUGCAUGGCAUCAUGGCUAGAACGAUCCCUAAAACACCACUGAACAUUACGCUAUACUCGGAUGACCAAACAGACUCGCUGUUGGGUGCCAAUCUGUACACUGACAGCGUUGGUGCGUUCAAUAUUUCGGUGGCAUCUUCGUACAAGCCAUCUUUCAUUUCUGUGUCGUCUGUGGACAACCCAAACAUUAGACAGACUCAAGAGGCGAAUGUGAUCGGAUCAAAGGGAGUGAGCGUCAUUACAGACAUAGACGACACUGUCAGAAUCACAGGCGUGCUGGGCGAUAAACGAGAAUUGUUCAGAAACGUGUUUGCCAAGGAUUUCAGUGAAUGUGAGAUCCCGCGCGUGGCUGGCUGGCUGCAACAGCUAAAGUUCAAAUACCACUGCCCCAUCCAUUACGUGUCGAACUCCCCGUGGCAGAUAUACAACGUCGUGUCUGGGUUCAUGGAUUACAUCGGCUUGCCCGUCGACAGCAUUAGUUUACGCCAGUAUUCGGGCAAUUUGAUAGCAUCUUUCACAAUGCCAUCCGCAGAACGGAAGAAAGACUCGCUCAUCAAACUAUUCACUGACUUCCCUAAUAGAAAAUUUAUUUUGAUCGGGGACGCCGGAGAGCAGGACGUGGAGGCCUAUGCGCAACUGGUGAGCCUUUUUCCAAACCAGGUUCUUGCCGUUUACAUUCGUGCUUUGAACGGUGCGUUUUCUUCGAACGGCGAUGACCUCAAAGUGUUCAAGGAACUGCAAAGCAUACUUGCUCUUCGAAAUUCCAACACAGAUGCUAAAAAGAAGAAGUUUUCGCCCAUCCCGCCUCCUAAGCCCAAGGUUUUGCAAGGAGAACCGCUAAAAUCUACUGAAUCCUCGAAAGAUCAGAGAUCCUACAGAGAUACUCUGCGAUCUCCAAAACUCCAUCGAGAGUUCAUCAAGACUCAAAUCUCCAACACCCUCUCGCAUUCCGCCGACUACAUACCUCUGGAUGCACCACCCCUCCCCAAGCGGAGCUACAUGAGAAGCGACACGAGCCUCGCAAACAACAAGUCGCCGUCGCCGCCCCCUAUUCCGCGUCGCCCGACGGACUCUAUGCGAUACGCACCGCACUCGCCGACUAAAAACUUCUCGUUCUCGCAGCAGGCAGAAAGCCCCUCGGACGAGUACGCUUUUGAUCGGAAAAAGGAACUGUGGAAAGAGCGCGUGUACCACGUUGUCAGCGAGUAUCCGCCAGAGGUCGACUUCCGGUUCUGGUGGGACGCCGCGGACGUGAUGGAAGCUUCGUUUAGCGCCAUCAAGACAGCCAAAUAG